CUCUCUCUCUCUCCUCGUACGCUUGCCUGGCAACCGAGAGGAGGACGAUAGGUUUUGGUCCAGUCGUUCCGAAACCCUAGGAUUGUAUCCUCUCUCUCCGCCUUCGGAUCGUCUCCUAGCUCGCUAUUUCCUCGCUCAGAUCUUUGAAGGUCGCUUGCCCUUUGUUUAUCUGCUUCGCUAAAGAGUACGCUGACCGGCUUUUUCCUUAUCCUUAGUUGAUGUUUAGAUUAAUUGGUUCCGAGGAGGGGUUGAUUGAUUGCUCAGUUCCUGUUGGGGGUUGCGUCGGAGGUUAAUUCAGAUCCUUGAUUCUUUGAUCUUGUAAUUGGUAGAUGAUCCCAUUUUUUAAUCCUUUGUUCUAUUCUUUUGCUCUUUUUCAUACGGCUCAAGAGGGCUCAAUGAUGUGUUUGGGGCUGUUUUUUUUAUUUGCUAUCCAAAAUUGAGGGUUUUCUUGGAGUGCUGAGGAUUAGGUUAGUUUGGAUUUAUUAGGUAUUGAACCCCGCCAAAAAACGAUCUUUGUAAAAUUAGUGACGAUAAUUUUUCCCCUACAGAAGUUGGGUUGAACAGGAAGGGAUUUGGAUACUUUAGGUGCGUUAGCAUGGCACUAAAUUUUUCAUCUUGUUCUGUCUUUCCUACUCCAUUUAUUCAUUCCGACGAUGAGUCCUCCUGCGCGGGAUUCAAGAAGAGCCCCCUUAACUCUCUGCCUGAUAGUGAAUUUGCUGAUGCGGAGUGGAUGUUUGAUCCAGCGGACUUACUGCCUGAUGACCCAUUUGGGAUGGGGCUUGAUGGCAGUAUGGAAGCUGCAAUUGCCAGCUUUAUUGAGGCUAAUGGUGGUGAUUUGUUUGAAUGGACUUUGAUGAACUCACCUGAAUUUCAGUUUUACCAUGAUGGUUGGUUGGAAGAAGAGCAUAGCUGGGUGGAGGAUGCCUUCAGUUGGUUAUCUGUUCCUAAAAUCCAAAAUGAACAAUCUAGCUUGGAUAUAGGAGAAUCUUCAAAAUGCAAUCAUGAAGAAACCUGUCAUGGAAAUGAGGGCCUUCCACAUGAGGCUUUUGUUUUUGUGCUUGAACAUUUGAAUUUUCAGGAUCUCCUCUCAGUUGAAGGGGUCUGCAGGUCCUUGCAUGCAGCUGUUCGGUGUGAUUUUCUUUUAUGGUCAUGUUUACAUAUGGACUCUCCUUUGAGUGAGAAGUUAACUGAUGAUGCUUUGCUACGAUUGGCUCAGAGAUUUCAAGGUAAUUUGCAGUGUUUGAGCUUAUCUGGUUGUUCAAAGAUCACAAAUGAUGGGCUCAAGCGUGUGUUAAACAUUUGCCCAAUGUUAAGGAAGCUAAAUGUUAGUGGAUGCGUCAGGCUAAGUGUUGAUGGAAUCAUAAGCAGCCUGAAGGAGUUCCAAUCACAGGGAGUGCUGGGAAUACAAAAUCUCAAGCUUGGCAAGCUUUUCAUUGUCUCUACAGAACAAUACAGUGAGCUGAAAUCAUUGCUGUGCUUGGAUCAACUUCAACUAGUUCAACCCCAGAAAUCAAGGUUCUACCACACUUAUCAAUUGCCGCAUCAUUGCGAUGAUGAUUGUGUCCUUGACUUUGAAAGCUGCCCAUUAUGUGGAAAGUACAAGCUUGUUUAUGACUGCCCUUCAGAAAGUUGUCAAGUGGAAGUCCCUAAACGGUGCAGGGCUUGUGAUUUUUGCAUUUCAAGGUGUGUUCAAUGUGGAAAAUGCAUCAAAGAUCACAAAUACAUGGAGACAUUCUGUCUUGAAUAUCUCUGCUCAGGUUGUUGGAGUUUACCACCAUUAAAUGAGAUAGAAGAAGAAAAGUGAACCUACUUUUCAAAUGGUUUUGUUUAUGCAACCUAAAAUUACAAAAACCAAAUGUCGUGUUCGUUCUUAUUCGAUCUGUUUAUGGAGGUCAGUUGGCCUUGUCUAUGGCAAGUUAAGGAAAUACAAAUUCCAUUAGAGUUAUGUUUGGAAUUGGAUAGGAUUUCAGAAAAGUAGUCGAAGCCUGCGAACUACAAAAUAAGUCAGAAACUGCUGAUAAGGAAAUUCUGUUGCAUUUCAUUCUGGUGCUCCUCUCUCCCCUGGUAUGUAACAUGGAGGUCAGAUCAGUCUGGUUUGCUCCUACAGGGAAAGUGAUUUCUUCUAGUAUCCAUCUUUGCUUGUGACGUUUGUUAAAUUAAAUCUGAAACUCUUUCUUAACACGCCAUUUCUGUUAGGUUGAUGCGUCGACAUGUAUCAUUUCCUUUGUUUAAAUUCAUAUAGCAAUCAAUUAUUAGACCGAAGCAUACAAACAAAGAGUCUCUUGACCUGCUGUCUGAUCAAUUAUUUCCUCCAUGAUAAAAGAACCGUUUCAUGAA